GACAGGCAGCACUUCCUGUGUGCGGACAGAAGGCACAUCAACCGAGUUAAGAGCAUGAGGUGCGUUCGCAAACGGCGCGGACAACUUUAAAUUCAACGUACAGAGAAAGUUGACCGUGUGAAUCUCUACCAUGAACAAAAAGAAACUGGGUUUCAAGUGGUUCGGAAGCCUCACCAACCUCUCAUCAUCCAAGGACUGCCUCAAAGAAGCGAAGCAGCGCGAGGAGUGCUGUGGCGGCGGCAGCGCCUCGUUAGCCGGGUACGCCUCGAACCGCGGCCGCUCCGGUGACAUUUACUCCCACGUAGGGACCGAGCCCCGCGGUGACAGGCGUAAAAGCUGCAGGGGGCUGAGGAAGACGAGGAGGACCAGUAAGAGGGAGGAGGGGGAGAGGGAGGAGGCGAGUGAGGGGCAGAGCCAGUGGGAGGCGGGGGAUCGUGUCACUGACUCCCCCCUGCUCAGCGUCCUCUUAAGCCUGAGUUCCGCCAGUCUCGACCAGCUGCUGCCCAAGUCUGCACCGGCAUCUCCGGCGCUCAGACGGCCCCCACCACUGACCCCGGUGCCCAAGGGCUGCUGGAACCGUUCACCGAGGAACGCCGUCCCAGAGAGGAGGGGGGAGACUUUACAGAGCAGGUGGCCAAACAUGGCGACCACGGGCCGCCAGGUUGCACCCAGUCAGGACGUGUACGUCCCGAUGGAGCCGGUCGUCGGACCGACCGACUUGAAAAAAGAGGGAAAGCAGCAAGACGUCACAAGUGCAAAGGAAACAGCCAUCCCUGCGCAGGAAGUGAUGCGUGACGACAGCCACCGGAGGCAGUCUGACAUCAGUGGGGAGUAUGUGAAGUUCUCCAAGGAGAAGUUCUGGUUGGAGCCGCCAACGGAGGAGCAGGUGAAGCAGGUGGAGGAGGAGCUGAAGCUGAACGGCACAGACCUGAGGAGCCAGGCCUGGUACCACGGACACAUCCCCUGGGAGGUGUCGGAGACCCUCGUGUUGAGCCAAGGUGACUUCCUGGUAAGACAAUCUCAGUCCAGUCCGGGGGACUUUGUCCUCACCUGCCGCUGGGAUCAAAGGUCACUUCACUUCCUCAUCAGAAAGACAGCAAUUCAGGCUGGCGAGACGUACACUCAGGUCCAGUACGCGGUGGAAGGCCAGGGCUUCGACACCAUUCCAGCCCUCGUCCACUUCUACGUGGGCAGUAGGGCGGUCGUGACCAAACACAGUGGGGUCCAGAUUCUCCAGCCGGUCAACAGGACACUGCCACUCAGCUAUCUGGAGACGGCCUUCUGUCCACGGUUGUGUCAACGGGAUGAAAAGGAGAAGAUCGCAGGGGUCCGUCCGAGAAGUCCUUCCUCACUACACCACCAGGAUGCGCAUGGAAACCAAGAGAAAAAGGUCCAGACUCAGGUCCAGAGUCCAGAAGAAUCCACUCCAUGCUCUCCAAAUGGUACUCCAAACUCUGAGUCAAGAAGCACACAGACAGCCACUAGGGCUCCAUCUCCACCCUCGCCGACGCCCUCUGUAAACAGCAGAUCCCGGCCUUUGGUCGACCAAGACCCCCCCACUCUCGACGCAGAUCGAGGCUGCUACACCGAGCUGUACCUCGAACCCCAAAGUUACACAGAAAGACUGAAGUCCGAGGACGGACUCACGGGUACCGAUCAACGAAGGAGGGAGGAGGACACGAACGUCUAUGUCUCACCCGUCAUGGAGAUGACGUCUUUCAACCCCACGAUGUAUCAGUCAAAGCUGAUGCCUGAGAGAAAUAAGCCUCUGGAGGCCUCAAUUCUACGGAGGGUUAAAGAGCUGUUGUCUGAAAUCGACCCCAAGGUGGCGGCACAGCACAUCACCAAGGCUGACUGCAAGGUGGCUAGGAUUUUGGACGUGUCUCCCGAGGUCGAGCAGAUGAUGGGAGUCAGUUCUGGAAUGGAGCUUCUUACGCUGCCACACGGCCAGCAGCUCAGGCGGGACUUGUUGGAGAGGUUUCACACCAUGGCGACCAUGUUGGCUGUGGACCUGUUGGGCUGCACAGGCACAAACGAGGAGCGGGCCUGUCUGUUUCACAAAAUGAUCCUAAUUGCCGCUGAACUCAAGAGCAACAUGGGGAACAUGUUCGGCUUCGCCGCCGUCAUGAGGGCCUUAGAGCUGCCGCAGGUGUCCCGGCUGGAGCAGACCUGGGUCGCAUUACGGCAGCGACACACAGAGAGCGCUAUUCUUUACGAGAAGACCCUGAGACCAUUUAUGAAGCGCCUGGAUAAUGGAAGAGAGAGCUGCCCGUUAACCGGCGUCACUUUUCCCCAUGUCCUCCCCCUCUUGUUUCUAAUGGAAAAGAAAGUGGCGAUGGGUGAGGGCGCCGAUCUGUGGGAGGUGAUGGAGGUCAACGUGGACGUGGUCAUGUUUCACCUUGGGGCAGCGAGGACCAUUGCCCAGCUGGGGGGCAUCUACCAAUCCAAUGCUGAGACCAAACUUCAAGAUUUCCAGGAACAGCCGGAAACGAUGGAGCUCUUCCUAACGGACUUCCAGCUGAGGCUCCUCUGGGGCAGCAGGGGGGCGACAGAGAACCAGGCUCUGAGAUACGCUAAGUUCGACCAGGUCCUGACAGCCCUGUCCAACAAACUGGAGCCGCCCGUCAAACACACGGAUCCCUGAGCGGAACGAGUCUACUGUUCCACUUUUUUCUUCAUGCUGAUACAUGACUUAAAUUAGGACGUUUUUUAUGACAUAUUUUCGGCAUUUAACUACAAAGAAAUAGAAGAAGAAGAAGAAACUCAUACGUGGCGGCGGGAAAAGAAAAAACAUGGCUGCCGGUCGGCAGGGAUGGCUGUUCGCUCACCACCAACCAGACCAGAAACACUUGUUAUAACUUUAAAAAAAAAUUAAAAAAUUAAAAAUGGAUUUUCUACUAAUUAAUUUCGCACUCUUUACCGACCCACACUUUAAUUACGUCACUUAGUCAGGAGUUAGCAACAAACUUUGAAGCGUCUGCUACUUUCUUACUUAAACGUUCUUUAUUACUUUAUUGUUUAUUAACUUCGCUAAUAAUUUACUCACCAAAAAACGUUUCCCUCGUAACGCUCUGCGGUCUUGAGAACGUUGUCCGGCAAGUUUAUGUUUCAAAACAAACAAUCGCUAGUCCAUUUCCUUUGAACGUUUUGAACCACUUUUUUUUUAGCAGUCGCCAUGACAGGCACCUGUCACUCACGCUACUUUAUCUCGCGACCUCACGUGUUGUGUUUAAGAACCCAGUAAUAGCUCGGACAUACGCAUUGCGUCAAAAUUAUUAUUUGUUGUCAGUUUUUUUUUUUUUUUAACAAUCGGUUUUUAAUGUUUGUAUAUUGUUUCCGUAUUGCGUCACAUGUCAGACAAUGGGUUCGGUGUGGCUUCUAUUCAAAUUAUAUCAAGCAAUGUAUUGUAUAUAUUUGUAUUUUAAACUGGAUAAAAUUAAAUGAAAGCGGGAAUGCUAACGUAUAACAGUUGACUUAAACGCACCAUCUAAUAACGGAGAAUAAUAAUUAUCGACAUUACACAUCGUAAAUAUUAGAUAUUUUAUCAGAAUAUCAUUGAAUAACCAUUUUAAUAUUGUACGUUUUACAAAUAUGUUGUUUGACUAUAUUUUUAUACGUUCUAUUUAACGUAAAGUAAAAAGGAAACGUAAUAAGAAAUACCUUAAACUAACGUAGAACUGCUGUUGAAUGGAUUUUCAGUUCGGUAUUUUUAACGUUUGUUUUUGUCAAUGUUUUUUUUAUAUCACUAGAUGCUGUGUUUUUAUACGCAGAUGGAUUUUAGCGACAACAACUUCGUAUUUAAUGUCCGUAUUUUAUGUAUUAUAAAUGAGUUUUUUUUAAGUUUGUUGAUAUUGUGUCUAUAUUAAAUACAUAACUUAUGGCAAAGAAA